UUUUUUUUUGAUGCCUAAAAAAUUUCUCACACAACAAUAUAAAAGAGAAAGAGUUUUUUUUUUUACAUUUUUGUUUUUCUUCUUUAACUUUAUUUCCUUUAUUAUUAUUGUUAUUUUUUGCUGCAGGUUCAGCCCAUUAUAUUCUUUUAUAUAUUCAUCUAUUCAUUAAUAUGCAUUUCUCAACUUUGAUUACCACUGCCGUUGUUACUAUGGCUUGUACUACAGGUUUAGUCCAAGCUGCUCCUAUUCAAGCUAGAGGGCAAAAUGCUUUAUAUGGUAUUACUUACACAGCCAAGAACUCAGAUGGAUCAUGUCAAACCACUGAUGAAGUGUUGCAAUAUGUCAAAGACUUUAGUAAUAAUGGUAUCAAGCAUAUCCGUACCUAUUCUCAAGAAUGUGACCAACUUGGCAAUAUUUUGAAUGCUAUUUCUUCUGUGGACAGUUCAAUGAAGGUGACUGCAGCCGUAUGGCUUGAUGGAUCAUCUGGUGAUGAUGAAGAAAUCAACAACUUGUUAUCUGCUUUGAAAGCCAAUAGCAAGAAUAUCAAGUUGAUCGAUGGUAUUACUGUAGGUAAUGAAGUGAUUUUCUCUGGUUCACUAUCAAGCAGUGCUUUGGUAUCCAAGAUCAAGCAAGUCAAAAGCGCUACUUCAUCCUACAAUAUCCCUGUGGGUACCGUGGAUACACCUAACACUUUCCCUAGUGAUGUGAUUGCUGCAAGCGAUGUGAUUGGUGUUAAUAUUCAUCCUUACUUUGGUGGAGUGGAUAUCUCUCAAGCUGGUUCCAAUAUGAAACAACAAUUGAAUACUUUCAAAUCCAAGGCUCAAGGUAAAUCUGUCUUUGUUGCUGAAACUGGUUGGCCUUCUGCUGGUAAUACAAAUGGAGCUUCUGUACCUAGUGUUAGUAAUGUCCAAAGUUAUGUCAAUCAAUUACGAUCCAUGUCAGAUAUCGAAUAUUAUUACUUUGAAGCUUUAGAUUCUAACUGGAAACCUGCUGGUAACGAUGGAGUCGAGACCCACUUUGGUUUGUACAACAGUAACGGAAAAUCAAAGGUUUCUUUUUAAAUAAAGUUCUGCUUUUCAAAUUUUCAUGAUGAUUUUUGUUGCAAGUGUAACAUCAAUGUCUUCUAAAAAUAAUCUUUCAAGAUGUAUUUUUUU